AUGUUGAGCAUGCAAAGAAAGUUCGGUCGAAUGACCACCAAGCGCACGGCCGAUGACAGCCAAGUCGCCGUGCUCUUGAAGGACUUCGAGGACGCUGAUACUCUCUUGACCAAGAUUAUUGAUUCCACCAAAGCCUGGCGCGAUGCUUGGAGCUCUAUUGCGACUUUCCAGAGUCGCAUGGCCGACGAGUUCGAUGGCCUCUAUGCGCCCAUCGCGAGCUCCUCGGAGACCCCCACUCAGAGACAAGCGUUCAACACACCACCGGCUAUUCUUGCGCGCACCAAUCGAAUGCGCCGUGAAUACGAUGAGUUGCGCACUGACAUGCUGCAAGAGCUCACUGAAGUCGACUCCCGCAUGAUACGCCCCGCGGCAUCGGCGAAGGAUUUUCUGGCGCCCGUGAAGAAGACCAUUAAGAAGCGGAAUGAUAAAAAGACCGACUUUGAACGCUACCAGAGCAAAGUAGAUGGUCUCAUCCAUAAAUCGAAGCGUUCCGAGCGCGAUAAUGCCAACCUCGCCAAGGCAGAGGCCGAUCUUGCUACUGCCAAGGAGAUCUAUCGCGCUGCGGACGAGGAUCUCUGCCAACGUUUGCCCACCCUCGUCUCCCUCCUCUUCUCCUUGGUCCCAUUCAUCCUUGACGCCCAAAUUGAGAUCCAAAACCGCAUGCUAGCACUCUACUACACCGUGCUCCACGCCUACUGCGAAGCAGAAGGCUUCCCCUCCCCACCCCCACCCAUGGACCAUGUAAUCCAGGACUGGGAACUGGCCCAUAAGCCCUCUCAAAGCGACAUCGAAGGUCUUGCCAUCCUAGCACACGGCAAAUCCAUCCGCCGAGCAAACGAGGCCCAAGAAGAACAACGUGGCAAACGGCCCUCGCUAGGCGGUCGCAGCCUCACAAGCUUCUCUGCUACCUCAAGAGGCAGUGACAUGCGCAGCCGCAGCAAAUCUCCCGCACCACCACCAAAUAUGUUCAAUAAGCCCAAACCCUGCGGAUUCGAGGCCUCCCGCCCCGUUUCUCCCUCAUCGUCCGUGAACACUUUCACACCCAGCGUCUCGGCCAUCUCAGCAGCGAGCUCAUCCAGCACAGCCCUCACAGCAGGCAGUGGCUACUUCACUCCACCAGUACCCUCGGAGCCAAUGCCCGUCCACUCAUACAAACGAUCCCCCAGUCCCAUGCCGGCCAAACCGCCGAAGCCAUCAGGGAUCCAAUUCUCACCCGCUGGUCCGAAGAUCGAUCACCACCAGACAUUCAUCUCGCCCACGCCUGCCGUAACGGAUCCCCUGGCCAGCAUGGCGGGUAAGAAAAGGAGACCUCCACCCCCGCCGCCGGCCAAACCGGCCAAGCCACCACGUCCCACUACAACUUUCGUUACGGCGCUGUAUGACUUUGGUGGCCAGGGACCUGAUGAUUUGUCUUUCCGGGAGGGAGAUCGGAUCAAGCUGGUGAGGAAAACGGAGAGUACUGACGACUGGUGGGAGGGUGACUUGCAGGGAGUCCAGGGAUUUUUCCCGGCGAACUAUGUCACAUUGUGA